AUGCCGACAAAAGAACUGAAGAUUCUAAAAAUGCACAAGAAGAUUUUUCAUUUCCUAUUGCAGGAUAAUAAUGGUCGAAUGAUAUUGUGUGCAUCCGCAGUUUAUGACCAUGCAACCUUUAUAUGCACAAUUUUCCGAUCCAAAAGCUACCCGGAAGGUGACUUGCAAACAAUGGUUGCUCCAGGACAACGCCUCUUCGAGAAAUUUUGCCUAAGUGAAGAUAUAUCGAGUGAGUGUGCAGACAGUCGAUUCCUGAAGGUAGAUCAAUCUGUCAUCAUUGGAUAUGCACAAAAUGUUUCAAUGGCAAGAUCUAUUGAAGAAUGUAUCGAACAAUGCCUCAUCGAACGCUUUCAGUGUAGGUCGGCAAUGUAUUUUUACACGGAAAGUGCAUGCAUAACGAACACCGAAUCAGCCAUGACUCAGCCAACAUCAUUUACCCGAGAAGAAAAUGAUAACGUCAUUUACAUACAAAACGAUUGUCCAACAAUACUAGCACGACAAAAACAGUUAGAAAACUCAACAACGGCAGCUACGGAAUCAUCGCCUACCGCAGCAGAUGAACAUAUCGAAGAUAUUAAUGUUGAAGCAGAAACAAUGAGUUCGACAAGAACUAUCAACGAAGGCGAUAACAACAAAAAGAGAAAGAAAGAUGAGGAAACAAGAAACACGGCUGCUAUUACUGUUGUCAAUUCAUCCAAUGGCGAUAAUAUACUGAAAAAAAGAAACGAUUUGAAUGAUCUCAUUUAUAAUGUUAGCUAUAAAGAGGAAAGCAAAAACUCACUUGGGACAGACUCCGGAAAAUUUGCCUCAUUCAAGGAAGUAACAGCAACAAGUACCAUUGAAGAAAUGUCGAAAAUGCUGGAGCGCAAUUUGAAAAAAUUGAUAACCGGUAGCAAUACCACCAGCUUCAACAGACGUCUCAAAUCACUGAAGCAAACAAAGUUACAGCAAGUAAGGAAGGAAUUCACAUCGGAAGAAAAUAAACAAAAUCAAGUAGAAAAAAAUUUACCAUUAGAGGUUGAAAAUCAAGAGAUAGAGAAAACGAAUUCAUUAGUAGUGGUAGUUCACAAAAGAGCUGAAAUACAGAAACCAAUCAAGCGAUUGAAAAUUAUAACAUUAAAUGGAUUCAAAGACGAGAAUCAUUUCUCUCAGUGGAGCAACUGGUCACCAUGUAAAAGAUCGGGUGAAAGAAGAAUAAGACGACGAAAAUGCUACAAUCUACAAAAAUGUAUUGGAGCACUAAUGGAAGUCAAGAAAUGUCCUAAAAUAAUACAAGAGCCUGAAUUCAGAGCAGUUCCGGAUGGCCAUGAAUUACGAACAACAAUUGACAAGAAGGAACUACUUACGCCCGUACCAUCUGAAAGAUUAAAUCUAGCAAAUAAAACAAAUGUUAGAACCGGCAUACGAAUGAGCAUUUCCUCCCAGUUACAGCAGUCACACUUGGAGAAGGAACCUACGGAAAAAACGAACGAAAAGGUUUGGUCACCCUGGCGUGGCAUUUGUCAGGAAUUUGCAAGUGGCCACCCAUGUAAAAACCAUAAAAUUAUCGGGUUUGAAUCUCGCGAUUGUUUGGCAACCGACAAUGAUAAAUGCAAAGGACCCUUCUUCCGUUAUUGUACGAUAUCCUGUUGA